CUAUCGACAAUGAUGGCCAGAUGGAAACACGUAGAAGACGGGGGAUGAAGACGGAGCCGUUAGAAGAGAAAGGCGAGGGUUCGGUGCAGACUUUGGAAGAAUCAAAUGAGGAGGAAAAAACGGUGGAAGAAAUCCCUAUCCAACCAAAGAAAAGCAAAUCCAAACACUUGACCAAGAAAUUGGGUACCGUGUCUCCAACAGGGGCGUUGAUGGUAGCCAAACUAAAAGAACAACAAAAGCUGGAUCAGCAGAAGAUUGCAUACCUUGAGGACCGUAUCAAACACCUUGAGGAAACCAACAGUGAGCUAAGAAAUGACAAAGAUUUCUUAGUAGCCCAAAUCAAGGGUGCCCCCAAGGAAUCCCCAUCUACUAGUACAUCAGGCUCAGGAAAGACUCUUCCGGUUUUACCUUUGUCUUCAACUUCGUCUUCACCCUCAUCGACACAGUCAAGCUCCUCAUCUUCAGAAGAGGAGAAGAAAAAGAUGAAGAAAAGGGCCAAGAAGUCCAGGAAACACCAUGUGCCAACCAGCCGUUCAAGGGUGACUUCAAUAGAAGGAGUCAUACCACCGACAAAGCCGGCCUGA